AUGGACCCCAUCAAAUAUGUUUUUGAGAAGCCUUCCCUAACAAGACGUCUCGCUAGGUGGCAAGUCCUUUUGGCCGAAUACGACAUCGUUUACAUGACGAGAAAGGCUAUUAAAGGAAGCGUCGCCGCAGAUCAUCUAGCGGAACAUGCCAUUAUAGAUGUCGAUCCCUUAAUGAUGGAUUUCCCAGAUGAGAACAUCAUGACAACAGAAGAAGAAAGACUAGCGGAUGACUCAAAAGAAACGUGGGUUAUGAAGUUUGACGGGGCAUCCAACGCAUUGGGUCAUGGAGUCGGGGUCGUUUUUAUGUCCCCGGAAGGCAGCAUACUUCCCAUUACGGCUAAACUUUGUUUCGCAUGCACCAACAAUAUAGCAGAAUAUGAGGUCUGCGCUUUCGGCAUCCAAGUAGCCAUAGAAAUGGGGAUUAAGAAGUUGAAAGUGUUUGGAGAUUCAGCACUGGUAAUCUACCAGUUGAAUGAAGAAUGGGAAACCCGAGAUUACAAACUAGUCCCAUACCAAAAAUUCAUCAAAGAAUUGGCGUCACAAUUUGAAGAAAUAGAGUUUGAGCAUGUUUCACGAGUGGAAAAUCAAGUUGCGGAUGCCUUGGCUACAUUGGCAUCAAUGUACAAGACAGAGAAAUGA